AUGAUUAUCAUACUCUUAUUAAUCAAAGUGAUCUGUAUAUUUCCUAAUACUUAAUUUUAUAAAGAUUAAUAAAUAUCUUUAUACCCAACUGUAGGAGAAUUUUAUGAAUACUAUUUGGAGAGUUUGUUAUAAGAAUCUUAAUUAAUUUGCAAAAUGCAUCCUUAAAUUCCAAAUGUGUAAUUAAUCAAUUAAUGUGAAGAAAUAUACUAAAUUUAAGGACAAUGUAAAUUAUUAAGAUUAUUAUUAUAGAAUUUAUUUCAAUGUCGUCAAAUAAUACACAUUUUAGUACAUUAUCUAAUAAUAAUGAAAUAAUUAUAUAUGAAUGGAAGAAUUAAAUGAUUCAAUAGGUUGGAGUAUCUGUAUUAAUUGAUCCUUUGUAUAAUUGUUUUAAUAUAAAUUUGUUUUUAAAUUAGAAAAUUUUGGUGGAUUGCUAUUAUAACAAUGAAGUCUUAUUAAUUCAAAUAAUAGAUUCAUAAUCAAUAAUUGCUUAUUAAAUAUCAUCAAAUUUACCUAAUUCAACUAAAAUAUAAUCAAUUGUAAAUGGAACAAAUAUAUUUAUUGUAUAUGCCUAAUAUUUUAAGAAAUAUUCAAUACUUACACUAUUUUCAUCAUCAUUUUAAAAUUUAAGUAGCUUAAAUAACUAAUUUAUCGAUUUUGAUAUACCAAUCACAAUAAGUCCAAAUAUUUAUGCAAUUACUUUCCAAAACAUUCUCUAAUUAUCCAUAUCUUAAGAUUAUUAAUUUAAUUUGAUUUAUAAUUUUAGCUAUGAUGGUAUGAGUAAUUUUAAAACUAUUAAUGUUUUUUAUAAUUUAUGGAGUUAUUCCUAAUGUGAUUAAAUAUAGUUAUCAUAUUUAAAAUUAUCAAAAAUAAAAAAAUCGCUAUUAUUAGGAUGUUAGAAUAUAAUAAUAACAAUAAAUUAAGGACUUCUUAAUUAAUUUAGUCAGCCUAUAUUAAAAAUACUUUAAAGUGACUAAUUUAUAAUAUGUUAAUUCAUUGAUAAAAUAUUGAUUAAACAAUAAAAAACAAAAGAACAAUUUACAUAUAAUCUAACUAUUUAAAACAAUUCCCUUUUAUAUUUCAACUCUGAUAAUCAAUUAUUUUUAUUUAAUUAAGAAAUUAAAGUUUAUCAAAUUAAAUAUACAUCUUUUUCAAUUAACUUAACUACUUAAGAAAAUUCAAGAUUAAAUUAUACUUUCUAACUUAUUUGCAAGAACAUUAGUAAAGGAAAUUAAAUUUAUACUUACUCUAACUUUUACCUUUAAGUAUUAUCUUAGAAUGAUACAAAUAUAUAUGUAAUGUAUAAUUAAGAUUUCCCAUUCUAAUAGUCUUCUUUAAACUAUGAACCCAUAAAUCCUUUUUAUAAUUUUUCAGGUCAACUAUUACAAUAUAACCAAAACUAAGAUGAACCCUAUUUUAAUUUUAAAUUAAUAACUUUUUAAAAUGUUGGUGAAAUUAUUUAGAGUUAUUAAUUUUUAUCAUUUAUUUCAAUGAACUAUCCUUUCGUUUCAAGAUAAUAUUUAAUAGGAUAUAUUAAUUAGUCACUUAAUCUACUGUCUUGCUUUUACAAAAGCACAAUUCAAUCAUACUAAUUCACUACAUUAAGUUCAAUUAAUAUUUCUGUAAAUGCAAGUUCUUUAUAAGUUGCCUAUAGUAUUNUAUUAUCUUUAAUAGUAUUAUUAUUAUUAGAUUCUAAUUUUAUAAAUCUAUUCUAAAAAAGCUAUUUUACUUGUGAGUGA